GGUCACGCGUUCUUAAAUGAAGGAGAAUGGGCAACUCAAAAGCGCAAAGAAUUAGGGUUCGUGGGUGGCGAAAACGCAGAAUCCAAAAAAUUGGCAUGGGAAAGAAUCUUUAACUUUUUCAAUAAAUAUCUAGGUUAA